AUGCCCGUGAAGGAAGGAUCUAAUCCCACAGACUGCGACUUCAAGUCCCUCCACCACAAGCCGGCCUUUCCCAGCGACGGCCCGUGGGGCAGUGCGACAGGGAGCCCGCCGUCUCCCCCGGGGAAGGGCCGGGUGAGGGAGAAGAACAGGCGGGCCGGGAAAGGGGAGCGCAGUCACCACCAGCUCUACAGGCUCAGCAUCACCAACUCUCGGUCCCACCCCACCAUCGGCAUCGCCUACCCCCAGCAGAAGGUCACCCCGCCCAAGAAGCCGGAAGCCAACCGAGAAGCCAGCGCGGGGAACUACCGGUUCCAGGUGCCUGGCAUCGCCGAAAGGGAGGCAGAGCUCCAGCAAGAGGACCUGAGCUUCCACCAGUCCUUCCCCGAGGCCUCCUCCGGCCUCACCUCUGCCAACUUUACCUCACACCCGCCGGCCACAGUGUGCCAGAACCACGGCGGGAAAGGACAGCCGGCGCUUGGCCUGCCCCACAAGAGUCCUGGCACCAAUGGGCAGUUACACUAUUUAGAGUUCCAAGCGAAUGGGAUUAAGUCUUGGCCUUCGCCGGACAAAACCUUCCCGGGGGCUAGCUAUGCUGUCUCGGCUCCGAAACCAGGCCCCUUCCCUGAGAGCAGCAAAGCCAGCACGCACUGUCUGGGCACCUUGCCGUUUCAAUACCCCUUCCCGCCACUGCCGGACCUAGCCAAGGAGCCUUUCCACAAUGACACGAACAGCCAAGAUUAUAUGGACGUUUCCCUGGCCACCAACCAGGUGAUUCAUGGUGCUUUCGGCUUCCAUUCCUCCUCCAGAGACUGGCAAGAGGGGGCGCUGAGCAAUGGCGCCUACGACAGCGUCGCCCCCGAAGGCAGGACGUAUGGCCUGUCUUCUCAGCCCACCCAAUUCCUACAUUCGCCAGCCCCGGGGGUCCAGCAGCCACCCCCCUUGCCGGUCUACAAAGGAAGGCAUGAGCAUUCCGGGGAGCUGAAUGGUGCUAUCUCUUCUUCUGGUGCUAUCGACCAAACUCCAAGCACUUUCCAAGAAAACCAGUCCGUUUUCCCACCUAGUUUACACGUGGCGGCUCCGCCCAAGCCAGUGGGCAAGGGGCAGUCGUCCCUGAAAGACAGUGGACCUAGUCAAAGGAGACUGACCCAAGGCAGCGCUCUGCGAAGGAAUAUGCCACAGACCUCUCUUGCCCAAGUGCACUUUCCGAACAAAGUUUAUGGCAGCUCCCCUGCGAGCGGCGUCAGCGCAGGAUCGGUGCCUUUCGAGAAAAGUGGGCCCACUACUGCGCACGCCCACCCCAGGCUCGCGCAAGCCUGGGAGGGGGCCAGUAAGGAGUUCUCUCCCAUGGAGCAGCCUUCAGCACCUUAUUCAAACCCUGUUGGAAGUCAGUUCUCAUUCGAGCGCCAGGCCAGCCCCGAGCAGAGGCAGCCCAUGCAGAAAAACGCCAGGAUGUCUUGGCAGCAAAUCCACCUCCCCGGCACAGUGCCCAGCCCGCACAGGGGAGACGUUUCCAGACAGCUCACCAGCCAGAAAGUCCCAUUCCCCCUGGGCGUCUCGCCGUGGCAAGGGGGCAGCAGUCUGCAGAAAGGCCCCCCCAGGUAUCACAGCCAAAAGCUGCCGGCCGGGGAGGGGCUGGUGGUGCAGAGGAGGGACCCCACCCGGCAGAGCAGCUGCCCAGCGAGUGCAUUCUCCUUUGAAGGUGGGAAGGACGCCGGGCCUCCUGCAUGCGACUCCAGGAGCAAAGCCCUCUUCUUCGCCAUGAACCAGACGGUGCUACCGGCCACCUCCCGGAGCUCUCCCAAUGCCUCCGCCUUGGUGGCAGCUUCACCGUGUGAGUCUCCUCUCCCGUCGCCUGUCCCCAACCCCACCUGCAGCAGCACGUGUUCUUCCCUCUCACCUAUGUCCAGCAGUCCCGUCAACCACCCCUUCGAAGACAGCCAGCUGCCUGCAGCACUUACCUCGGCCCACUUCUUCCACCAUCCCUGCCUCCCCUCGGACAUCCUGAGCCCCAGCUCCCUCCACUACCACUCACCAGACUCCAUCAAGCCCUUCCACUUCCCCCUGGACGCCCCAAAGGAUGAGCACCUGCUCAAAUGCCUUCCGGAGAGCCAGUUCCACAAGCCAGACAUCGACGUGGCCAAGGGCUGCCUGGAUGGCUUUGAGGGGGAUCCGCCUCCCCCGCCUUACUCCUCCCACCACCUGCUGGCGAACUCGCUGAGCAGUGCCAGCCUCGACCAGCUGGACGUGCUCUUGACCUGCAAGCAGUGUGACCAGAACUACAGCAACCUCUCCUCCUUCCUCGAGCACCGCCAGUUCUGCGGCUCGCACGUCGUUGUCCAGGGCGAAGUCAGAGACGCUGCCCGGGGAGCGGAGAUCAGGAAGCAGCUCCCUCCAGAAUCUACAAAGCACUCCCAAGCCAGGCCAGGGCCCUCGCUUUCUCCCGACGCUCCUUCGCACCUGCUCACGUUAAACAAGCCUGUCCAUUUCCUGUUAGAUGGGGAAGGCAAAGGGGAGGCCAAGGAGGACCCACUGAAAGGUCAUCUAUUUAACGGGCUAACCACAAAUUCCUUGCCACUUACGGCUUCCGACUUAGACAUUGAUGAUGCCAAACUGGACAGCCUGAUCACAGAAGCGCUGAAUGGGAUGGAGUAUCAGUCUGACAACCCCGAGAUUGACAGUAGCUUCAUCGAUGUGUUUGCCGAUGAGGAACUCACAUUGGUGAAGGGUGUGGGCAACGGGGUGCCACAGAAGGCGAAGGAUGGCCCAUCCUUGGAGACCAAGCUGAAGCACGCGGGGAAGGAUGAGAAACCGGUGAGUCAGUCAAAAGCUGCCUCUUGCCACAAAGAGGAUUGUCCGGGUGGAGAGCAGGCCAAGAGCAGAAUGUCAGGGAUGCAGCAUGUUCCUAAGGGGAGACAUUCCCAGGACAAGAGGCUGGAGAAAUCCAGCAUCCAGGAGUUGGCUCAGAGCAAGGCUGACAAUCAGAGGAGGAUUGAGAAAGCACAGCCAGACAAGAAUACCAAGCUGAAGACGGGGAGGAAGAGUGAUGGCAAUUCUGGUACCCCAGGGACUAAAACCCAGCUCAGAAGCUCUAGCCAGGAUCCGCAGAGUGAAAUCAGAGUGAACAGUACCACCCCAGCCCCUGCCAGUAAGAACCCCAAGCUGCCGAGGUUCUCAAUGAAGGAGGUGAAAAAGCGGAAGCCGAGGAGUGGCACCUGGAGCAAGGAGCUCAUUCAUAAAAUCGUGCAGCAGAAAAACAAACUCCACAAGCAGCAGGAGAAGAGCGAUAGGAACACGCAGGUCUCCAUAGCCACCAGCAGGCUGCCACCAGCAGCCCAGGACAGUAAAUUCGGCGAGUAUGACUACGUUUCGGACUCCGAUGACGAAGGGGUGGCGUAUGCCAAGCUGCAUGGUAGAAAGACGCUGGGGGCGGUGUUUAAUGGGGCACCCAAGCACAGCUUUAGCAAGAGGCGCUCAGGGAGAGGCGAGAGGGCCAAAGAGAAGGAGCCAGCCUGGACCUACAGCCACAAGAGAGAUGGCCAGGCACACAGACGGGCUCCAAGCAAUGAGGCAACAAAGAAAGAUGGCUUGGCAGCCAGAAUCCGAAGGCGAAGCAGCCGCUCGUCCACCGGCAGCAAUUGUAGCACUAGUCUGUCCAGUGAAACCGGCACUACCCCCCCAAGCACUGAAAGGGCCAACUCUGACCACGAGAAGGAAAGCCACCCGACAAGAAGGAGCCCAGCGAGUCCCCGGCACAUCAUACCACUUCCAAGGAACCCGCUGCACGUUCCCGAGGAAGAGACUCUAAAGACGAGCCGUAAAACCAAAGCCGGCUUCUCCAGACGGACAAGGCAGUUUGGCUCAGCCAAAUUUUUGCUGGCUGGCUUCCAGGCCCCUGAGAACAAUAGGUCACAUAUUUCUUUUGUCAACGAGGCGAGCUCCCCAGAAAACAAAGAGAAACCACAUCCCAGCAAAGACGCCGUGGGCAAGGAGGACGCAGACGGGCCAAAAGGAGUCCCUCGCCAUGCAGGUGAGGUGGCCCGACCUAUGCCAGACGCUCAAGAUGCCACUGAUUCGACCAUGACCAGUCAUAGGCGUCCAUUUGCUGCUUACAAUGAGGACACCCUCGCUUACCCUGCAGAAGAGUUCAUUCCUCCUUCUCACGUGGGCCCUGAUGCCAGCCCUGGACUUGUGAGCGCUGCCUAUGCCACAGCUGGCAUCAAAUACUUAAAGGAACAUGGACUUUGUGAUGACCACAAAGAUUAUGCUGCUCCCGUUAGCUGUUACAGUGGGAAUUCUGUUGACAUGAUGCUCACCAUCAAAGGAUCCGAUACCUACGUAAGCACUGACGCCCCACUUUAUGACCAUAAAGACCUGUCCAGUCACUAUGAUCAGAACCUUUUCUCAAAACCUCCCGCCAGGGGGGCCUCCCGCAUUGACGAUAUCUACUUAUGCCCGGAUGACAUUAGCACCAGUUCAUUUGAGCAGAAACACGCUGAUUUCCCCUCCUUUGCACCAGAAAAUCAGCAGUCCAAAGUGUCUUCCCCUCUCAGCUUUGACUCCUCUUCGAUAUUCGGAGAGCUGCCCGUGGCGGAGUUUGAGACUCCGUUAUACAACAGCGUUGCCACAAGUAAGGACAGUUAUGUUGGUUUUGGAUGCCACCUCCCCAGCAAAAUGGUGCCAUUUGAGCAGCAGUAUCCUCCAUUUCUUCAAGAGAAGGACUGGGGUUUAAUGGAGGAGGUGUCUCCGAUUUUGUCCGAGGACAUUGGUCAGUUCCAUCCCCUUUCGGUGGAAAAGCCAUUAGCUAAGAAAUUCCCAGAUGAGGGAACCCUUCCGCCCAGUCCAAUGUCUUUACCUUUGUCCGAUAGAAUCGGAGAUUACAAUGCAGCUUUUAUGAACAAUAUCCCGGACAACGAGCUGGAGAUCAAGCGCUUAGUGACGGAACUGGAAAGCCAGCUGCAAACCAGCAAACUGAAUAACGAGACAUCCGGUGUCCAUCAGAAAUCUGAGCAAGACGUUGGCGCACAGCUGAGAAAAGCACCUGGCCAGUUUUCACCUGUACACAUGGACCAGGAGACAGAGAAUGAAAAGGGCUUGUUCUUGACAGAUGCUUUUGGGGAUGCAAACCUCCUCUCCACAAAAGUCUGUGUGGGCCAUAAGGUAGCAAAUGAGAAGCCUGCACUUCCCAGGGUAGAUGGCAUCUACAAGAACCACCAGGACUCUUGGCCCAGCCCAGUGGAGUUUAAUUCUUUGGACUCAAGCUUGUGUUCACCAGCUGCUGAAGAUUCCAUCUCUGUAGAUCAUUUCUGUUCCAAAGAGGCCUGCAAUCAGUUCCCAGUGGCUCUAAAGGAUGCUGAAAUGUCCAAGGAACGUGACUGCAGAGAGAUGGAGAAUGGAUCUCCCCGGGUAAUCUCUGAUUCAUGCAUAUCAGACAAAUUAGAGGCUCCAGUCUACACAAAUCAUAUGAUAGAAAGCCCUGCCAUUGUUACCGAUUCCUUGUUCCCUAAAACUCUAGAGGCGGCUGAACUAAGCAAACACGCUAUUUUGCCACCCCUGCCAACUAAACACAGAGCGGACGGGUUUUCGGAGCCAGGAAAAGUGGCUAAAACCUUUGAUGACCCUCCAAAGCUGGAAUCUUUCAACAGCCCCAUGCCGAAUCUGAAAUCUGAAUUUGGGUUUCAGGAAGAUCAGGUCCCCACCUUGGAUCUCGCUUUGUCGUCUUAUGCCAAAAAUGACACUGACUCAGAAGAAAGAUCUCCAGGCAAAGCUGAGUCACCUAAAGUGCUAGGAGACUCGGUGCACUUUGAAGACGAUGACGAUGGAUCUGCAUUCCUGGGAGAGACAGAAAGGAAGGAUCCUGCAGGCUGCCAGACCCCAGGGCCCUGUGACAAAGCUAGCAACCAGAAAGCGUUAUUAUUUGAUAUACUGAGUGUGUCCAAAGAGACUGAUUGUGGUACAGAAAAGGGGCUCACCACCAAAGAAACAACAGCCAACCCAUUACAGCAGCUCCAAUUAUUUGUUGCCCGGACAGUCAAGAAUAAUGAAGAAGAGCUCCUGAUGCCAAGCUUCCCGACCCUGCUCUCUGCCAACCACCACCCUUCCAACACCAAUAUCCAGGCUGAGCAACGAGAGGAAGGCCUGGGCAGCGUGGGAGGUGAGAAUUCAGCAUGUCGUCAGGCAUGUGGAGAGGGGGGCGUGCCCGCGGGAGGAGACACAGCUGGCACGGCUCCCACAUCAGAAGCGACUGGAUUUUUUCCAGAGGCAGGCGAACAUCUGGGCUCAUUCAAAGAACCAGACUCCGCGACUGCCGCCCGACCCGCGUCUACGGCCCACAAACUGCACAAUAAUGUAACAGAGCCGCCGCACUUAGCAGAUGAAUGUUCAGAGCCAAGGGACAUUAAUAUCUGUGCAGAUGGCGUAUCACGAGAACAUAAUAACCUCCCACCAUGCGGCAGCACAGCGGUCACCCCGUCGCGAGGGCAGGGAAGGAAAGAUGAUCAGAUUGUGGAGGAGCAGCAGCAAGAUAAAACCAAAGCAACCUUGGCAUUUAAAAACCACAGCCAAUCCUAUUUAAGCCCCGGUUUGUUUGAGACGGAAUCGUUAGGCAGCACGCUUGCAGCGGCAGUAAAAGUAAGCAAUGCUGAAUGUGAUGCUUGGUCUGAUGGAGUUAGUCCUCACACACAGUUGUCAUGCACCAUAAAAACCAAAGGCAUAAUAUCAACCCAUAACCAGGAGGGACAUGAGACACGGCUUCCUUGCCACACGCCUUUGGGUCCAGCUUGCUCUUCGAAUCUUUCUGAAGAUCUUCACCAGGAACAUCAUUUCUUGCAUAAAACUGACCUCUACUCAGUAAAAGCUCAGCCACCCAAAGAAAAGGAAAAGCAGGGCCCGGACACUUGUCCCUCAAAGGAGGGCUCUCUGGCUGGUUUGUCUUUGCAAACUGGCUUUUCCCCCUGCAAAUAUUUGCAGAACAGUAACAAUGAAAAUGUCCAUCUUACCCCAGAGACUCAGUCAAGUUCACUUCUGGCAAAAAGGUUUGCCUCCGACUCGGAGGAAAAUCUCGUUGGCUGUCCCACCCAAAAUCCUUUAGAGCAAGGAACAUGGAAAGACACGCGUGUCUUUCCCCCCACCCCUCAGCAAUGCAACCUCACUACUUCCACACCGUUGGAUGCCUUUGGAAACCUUCAUCACCAUCUUGCCAAAGACGUUGAACAUCAUUUUGAGCUGUCUGAAAAAGAAGGGCUAGCAAGACCUCGCAGUCCACAGUGCCCCAAGGAGCUGGCAACUUCUGCCCUGGAGAUGGAACACCCCCAAAACUUGCAAAUGAACAAUUGUACUCUUUCCUGUGGGCCACCGUUGGAUCGACAAGACAUUGGUGGUGGGUUGCCAGAAAGCCCUUGUGCUGAGCUGUUGUGCCCUCUUUAUAAAGGAAACAAGGAAUGUGCCAUCACAGACAUGAUUAUUAAUUCUCAGUCAGGGCCUCUGCAGGGCAUCCUUGCUUGUCAGCCCACCCCCGAAACCAAAGAUCACUCAAUGCAGCUCACGAGUCUUCCGCCCGUUGCAGAAAGAGAGGUGGAGGUAAACGGACAACAUGAAAGCGAGCUCGAAAAGUGCCAUUAUCAUGGAAAGAAACAUCAAAAUGAGCCAGAGGCCUUAUGCAAUACUUGUGGCGCUCAGCAGAUCCCGACUGCUGUAAAUACUGCCUUGGCAAGGAUAGCAGAUUCUGGUCAUGUUGAUCAAGAAGUCCACCAGUUCACAGAGGGGCCAGAGAUGAGAGCUGGUUACCCCUCCAAAAAUGUGGCUAAUAGAGAAAAUCGUUCAAAAGGAGAUGACUCGGCAGGCCAUGGAGGUGAGAGUCCAGGAGGAGAUAGCAGUUGUGUGCUAACUAACAAAGAGCAAGAAGAAGAGUGUGGCAUGUUUAAAAGUAUCCCAAAUGCAGCCAGAAACAGACAUCCGAAAGAAAAGAAGCCAAAUGGCCUCCAAGUCACUUGUGAUAUCUGCUCAGCGUCUUUUAGAUCCAAACCAGGAUUAACCAGGCACAAAGCUGUCAAGCAUCCGCUGAAGAACGACGGCCCAUGGCUGCCCAGCAAAACUUCCAAGUUCAGUUUGAAUCUGCUGGAGAAAACAUCGAAGAUGUCCAAGAAAGUCGCUAGGAAAGGCAGAAAGGCUACUGCCAAAAAGAGAGUGCAUAACUCAUUAACACCACCCAGUCCUGUGGGACACCUCUCCAAGAACACCUGUGCUGGUCAAGAAAAGGAGCCCCAUGCACAAAUGCAAGAAGUAGUGAGUAGAGUCCUCAGUGACCUCAGCGUCAUCUCGCUUGAAAUGUCUCACAAGGGUCCUCACACAGAUAUGCUGAGUAAAGAAACAAAGACAAAGCCCCAUAGUUCAGUGUCAGAGGGACUGGAGGAAUCGGUGACAGAAAAGUCCAGUCCUAGAAAGCAAGCACAUAAAGAGGAAAAAAGCAGAAUACGCCAAAGCAAAGAGCCUGGGGGAUUCAACAGAAAUAUAGAGAAGAAACUCAGUAGAAAAGCAAGAAGAAGGAAAGUGUUUCCUAAUGGAAGUGAAGUCAAUGGGUUGUCUGGUCUUGAGAAGGAUGAUACUGAUGGUCCUUCCCAUGCAGUUGCCAGAAGAAUCAACUCCGGUCUGUCAAAUGUGAUGGAAGAGCUGGCUGAGCCGGACUGCUGCAUCUCAGCAGAGGAACAAGACGGGCCAUGCUCACGCCAACAGUGUCCCCCAGCAAAGCAGUCACCUUGCAGAGCUAAGCAUGCAGAUGAAGUGGGUGAUUGGGUGCUCUCCUCCAAAGAGACAGACAGGCAAGAGUCACUAACGGCCCCCGUAAGUCAAGGCAAAGAGGCAGAGGCCAAAGAGAAAUGGGCAAGUGGGUUCCUGAAGCAAGUGGAGAAGGAGUUGAUCAAGGUCGGAAAAGAACAGCAGGAUGAUCGUGAUUGCACAAACGCGAAGGAACGUGAGAGAGAAGAGAGCAAUCCUGGGAAGGAACGUAGCACCUUCCGGGGUCCCUUGAGUCCUGCCCCACCAAACCGGUCUGUAGAAACCUGCGAUUCUGAAGCGGCCCACGAGGAUCCCAUUGAAGCCAUGCUGGAAAAUGCUUCUGAAAACAGCCCUUGCUCUGCAGAGUCAAAGCACUGGGGGAAGGGAGCAUUGCAGCAGAGAAAGGAGACCCACUCUGGGGAUGUGGCUGCGUCAGACCUGCAGAGUUUCAUUGAUGAUGACCUCACAUUCUCACAGCUGUUUCCACGGGACAGCCAGUUCACCCGCAGGAAGUGCACACGUGUGUACGGGAAACGGACCAAGAAACCCAGACCUGCCACGGACGCAAAUGUCAUGCCUGGGGGCGCCCUAGACUUCAUUCCCAUUCGCCUGGCUUCUGACCUCAGUGAAACUAGCUCUUUCUGUGUCACCAGGGAUGAUCCUUGUGAGUAUGAAACCAUCUCUAUCGAUGAUGCCUUGAUGCUAAAUAUGUGCCACAGUGGAAAGCCAAAGGGAUGUGAAGCCAACUCUGACACUUCCAAAGAUAUUGCACUGCCGCCAGAUUAUGAGGAAACCAACCAAAGAAAGGAGGUCAUUGAUCUGGAGGAAGAGGACAACAUGUUAACCUUCCUGUGCCACAACAACCAGAUGGAAAACAUUCCGAACUUGAACAUUUGGGGAAGUCUUGAAAAGGAAGUAGGAAACAUUCCGGCUGAUGAAAUGCUGUUCAAGCCCCCUCCCGAGCUUGAAAGUGAAUAUUCAAUAGUGGAAACUAGCCCAGAGCCUCCAGAGCUAGAAGAGGAACCCUUCGGUCACAAGUUAAACAAGGAGCAAGGUUCACCCGAGUGUCAUACGAUCGACAUCGAUUUGUUGAAUGCCAAGUUCAAGAUGCGGGACGUGCGCUUUUUCAGCCCUUGCAAAGACACUCCUGGCCCUUUGGACGAAAGCGUGGUGAGUUUCAAGCAGAAGUCAAGCCAGCAUAACAAACACGGCAAAAAUAAGCUAGAAGAUGGAAAACUGGGCAAAAACCGCGGUGAUAUGAACAUCAAGACUAAAGAUAAACAAUACAAAUGCAAAGUGUGUUUCCAGUGGUUUCUCACCUUAGGGGAACUGGACUUUCACAAACUCACCCAUAACCCUUCCCCUCCGCCGACCUGCUAUAUGUGUGUCCAGCGCAAAUUCAGCUCAAGGGAGCAGUUGAGGGACCAUUUAAAGGAGAAGCAUGCAAAAAACAAAGCGGGCCUGUGGGCCUGCGGCAUGUGCCUCAAGGAGAUUUCUGACGUCUGGAUGUACAACGAGCACCUUCGAGAGCACGCCACACAGUUCGCUCGGAAGGGCCAGGCUCAGAAGUCUGUGCUGGGUCUGCCCUCCUGCUUUGGCGAGGACAGCGCUGCCGUCACCCACUUCCUGAACACCAUCAUGUAUCGGAAGCCCAGCAAGUCCUCCAGGCUGGUGGAGUCCACCAGCAAACACGUGGCCAGCAAAGAGAACAAGAGCCUAAAAGAGCCAGCCCCUGACCCAGAGGUGAAGGUAACGAAAGACGUAUUGGAAGGCGGCAUCAGGAUGAAACCGGCUUCCAGCUCUUCCAAAAGGUCUGCCAGUCCAUCUUCAGACAACACGCCGAAAGGCGACAGCGUACCGAAAGCUGUCCCCAUGCAUCCAGAUUGCAAGGACCCUUCCCGAGAUUGCCACCACUGCGGGAAACAAUUUCCCAAGCCCUUCAAGCUCCAGCGCCACUUAGUGGUGCACAGCUUGCAGAAGAUUUACUUGUGCCACAAGUGUCCCAUGUUCUACCCGGACACCAAGGAGCUGCGGAGCCACCUGAGUCAAGACCACGGGAUAGUGGAGGAGGUGGAGAUCAAGCACACCACCCUCUAUGCGUGCGAGCUCUGCGCAGACGUCAUGCACGUCAUCAAGAAGUCCUUCAUCUGCAGCAUGUGUAACUACACCUUCUCCAAGAAAGAACAGUACGACCGGCACAUGGAGAAGCACCUCGCAGGCAGCAGCAGGACUUUCAAAUUCAGAGGUGUCCUGCGGCCAGGUAUGUCCUCCAAAGAUGGCAGUGAGAAAAUCAAAGAGGAACACUAUCCUCAGGAGGGCGGGCCAGCCCCUCGCAAAAAAAGGAAGAUCAUGCACCACGGCAGCUUGGAACCACACCGCUCCCCUGUGCACCUUAGCUGCCGGAAUGACCUACAGCUGGAUGAUCCGCCUGUACCACCUCCCAGCGAGUCCUGCCCUGGAAAAGCUGGUGACCCUGGAGCGACGUUGCCCCAAACCUCUGAGAAAACAGAAGAUCUUGUGGGUGACUUCUCUGACCUCCUGGCUGAAAUGGAAAAAUCUCCGUUCAGUGCCCUCCCGCCACCUCCUUGCCUGUCUCCUUCUCUGCCCCAGGCUGUCGUGAGUGAUCCAGAGCUCAGUCACACCCUGCCACUUUCCCCUGAAGAACAAGACAAAGGAUCCUUUGAUGGGAAGCCUCUUCCUUUCCUGGACUCUUCUGAAUUUGGCAUGGACCUGAAUAGCUUAGCAAUGGAUGAGACACGAUCUCCCCCUCAUCUCACUGAGAAACACGGCCAGGCAGACGGCCAAGGGAAAACAACCGUCAGCAAUCAAAGGGAACAUGUGGUGGGGAUAUUGGACCAACCCAGUUCACAAGAAGAGCCUGUUGACAAGAUCUCUUCCCUCAAACCAGCUAAAGCAAUCCCAGAAAUGUUUGCCCUCAAAGUAGAUGCUCCCCAGGCCAAGGACACUCCUAAAACAUGGUGGAGCAGCCCGCAUGGCGAGGAGACAGCUCCUAGGGACAUGGCAUUCAAGUCCCAAUAUUCAGAGCCCACCUACCCCUCUCUGCCGCUGAAGGACAAAACAGCAUCCCCUGUUCUCAACAGGGCUGCCAAAGAUUCUGCCUCUCUGAAGAAAAUGGCAUGCAAUCCAGUGAGUGGUGACGUUGCCGUGGCCACAAUGGGUAAUCUGGGCAGGACAGAGACCCCCAAACCCUGCUCGCUCAAAGAAAAAGCUGUGCCUGAGAUGGGUGUCUGCGCCAAAGACAGCAAUGCCAAUGCCAGCGUCAGAGAAACAGGCGCCAAUAAACCCGUAAAUCACCUCAAAGCUGAAGGAGCAGCCAACCCUGUAAAACAUGGCCACGCGGAUCCAGGUAAAUCUUUGGACAAGCCGGCUCCUCACGGGCCCAGCAAGCUGCACCCGAAGAAGCGAAAAGAGCACAAGUCUUCAAGUCACAAAGGCUGCUCGGCCUCCCGGGAGAACAUGGAGGGGGACGGAAAGAAGAAGAAAGCCCGAACGCCGGGCCCUGGCAAGAGCGAUGGGGCGGGAGAGUUCAAAAGGGCAGACUGGACCCACAACGAGGCUUCAGCCCUUUCACCCGGAAAGAGGGACACGCACUCCAACAAACUGAUCCCCAAGUCCAGAACGGCAGGCGUGGGCAACCAGCUGAAAAAGAUGGCCCUGGACACCUACAAGCAGAAGAAGGUGACCAACCAUCCUUCCAAUGGAGAUCUGAAGCGGAAAAAGGACAUCCUGGGGAAAACCUUCCACCAUCUCCUGGCCAAAAGCCCCACUGCCUCCCUGCAUGGUUCUUUACACAGGAACAGAGCUGUCCAAGGUGCUAAACCUGCUGACUCGCACAAUUACAGGACAGCCGAAUCCCAGAACAAUCUGCUAAGCCAACUGUUUGGACAGAAAUUAACGAGCUUUAAAAUUCCUUUAAGAAGAGAUACUUCCGAGUAAUUUAUGAAAGUGACUUAUAGUGAUCCUCGGCUGCUUUCAAGGGGUUUGCAAGGGAAAAAAUUAUCAAAGCAUUACAUUCGUUUGUGUAGCAUGAUUUUUUUUUCUGUCUCGUUUAAAUGAACUUGCACUGCAGCCUCUGUGAAAUAGUUUGCUUUGUGUCUACUAAUCUACUUUAAUUCACCUGAUUUAUCAUGCAAAUGCUAGAACUUUGAUGUGGCUGAUGAUUUUCAUGAACUGAAAUUGUAAUCGCUUUGGGCAGACUGAAUCCGUCAAGAGCAAUUGCUUUAUUGCAGAAGUGCUGAGGUUAUAAGGAGACUUGCAAAUCUCAGACCCUUUUGAGACUGCUUCUCUGUUAUCUUUGUACAAAGUACUUGAAGAGAUGAACUUCAUUCCACAGACGUCUUGUUCAGAAGGUGCAGUACACUGUAGAAAGCAAUUUUUUUAAAAGAUUUUUGCACAAAUAACCCUAUACAAUUCGUUCAUUUGGGAGCUGGCCUACAAUGUGAUAAAUUAACAACAAAAUUAAAUUAAGAAUCCAGUGCCACAUAUUGUGACAGACAUUCCUAAGAAUUUGUUUCUACGUUGCUAAGAAAAUAAUGAACUCACUUGCAUGCUGCGUGGGCCUAUUAGAGUAUUUCAAACACCAAUGCCAUUAUUUGACCACUGUAGAUUAUGUACAUACAUGAAAAAUGAGAAUAACGCUAGCGAACUGCACCUGGACAUUUGUGACUUCUUUUGUUUCACGGAUAAAACUGUGCCAACUUACCAGACCAGAAUAGUACUGUCCAAGUGACCGUAAUGGUAUAACUUCUAAACUAUCUUACUGUAUUGACUUCGUAGCUAUAUAGGUAUCAGCUUUUUACUAUGCAGUUACUGGUGCUAUUUUUAUUUUGUAAUGUGAAUACAGACUUCCUUGAUUUAAAAAAUAAAAGGGAACAAAUAGGAAGUAGCAGUGACCUGUAAAAGAAAUCAAAGCAGGAAAAUAAAACUUUUUAAAACAUCCUGAAUGCUGGUACUCCAUAGUGGUAAAAAAAGGUUAUGUCAUGUUAUCAAGUAGGUAUACAACUGAACUUUGAACCAGAAAGAAAUCUCAGGUGCAAAUGAGGACACGGAAGAUACUUAAAUACUAUUGAAAUACUCCCAGGUCAAGGAGGUGAAGUUAUGCACUGAUGUGAUAUGAACAAAUAGAGUACUUUGCGUCUAUCCUGCAAAAAAAAAAUUUUUUUUAGUUUUAAAAGGAAAAAAAGAGGCUUUAUCCUGUUAAUAUGUAUCUUUACAGUCCUUUGUAUUGUAUAAAAAAACUAUUUAGGUAAUUUACCUUGGGUGCAAUGUGUUAUGUCAAAAGUUUUUAUUUUGAUAUUUUGUCAAGAGAGCAAAGCGAGAGCGGGAAAUGCCUUUUUAUUAUGUCGUUAUGUGUGCUAUUAAAGUGCCUCUUUAAUAUUGUUAAAUAAAGUAUGAGAUGAAAAUAUGGGGUGGUACUGUAAAACCAUACCUAAUUCAUCUUUUCAAAUAUAUUCCAAUAUUUUCACAGAAACUCCCAGGCUCUGUGGAAUUUGUCAGAUGUUUUGCUGUCUUAGUUCUUCGAUCCCAUACCGCAGAAACACACCCACGCCUCACAUUUGCUGGGAGUUGGAGGCUGUGCAUUACUCUCUGUGCAUGUACAUGGAUAGAUACACACACAAUAAGAUCUGGUAUGCUCACAGCCACUAUAAUAAUAAAUAAAUAACUUGCCAGGUUUGGUGACAUCUAUCUAUCUAAGGUGCUUAGCUGGCCCCAUUACCACAAUAUCUGUCCUCACAGCACCACAUGGUAAUAUGCUGGUAGAGCCGCCAUCUGGCUUUAACUGAUUUUGAAAUGAAGGUGUGGAGAGAUGAGGGACUUGGCUAAGAACAGGAGGCAUUGUAGGGUGGAGCAUGGAAUUGAGGCUCUAAGGAAAUCAGGACUUAAAGUAGCUAAGAGGUCCUGAGAAGCAGGUGGGGAGAAUGCGGAGGGGGGCAGUCCUCCGGAGGAGCCCAUCACUGAUUGGCUGGAGGCUAGUGAGGGCGGGGUUAAAAGGU